AUGGACAUUAUGUUCAUGAAGACCCAGAAGACUGCCAGCAGUACAUUACUCAACAUCCUCUUCCGCUUCAGUGACAAGCACGGUUUAAAAUGGGCUUUUCCUGAUUGGCUGCAAUGACUUCUUCUACCUGUCCCCUUUCCUUUGCUCCCAGGUCCAAGACUACCAGCCUGGGGCAUGUUUCAACAUUGUAUGUAACCACAUGCGCUUUGAUGGGCAUGAGGUGGCAAAGCAUCCUACGAGACCUGGCAGAGGGGUUUUAGUCAUUCUUCCAUUAUUACUGCUUGCCGGUUCCCCUCACUCGGGGGAUCUGCGGAGACGACAAACUGGCUGAGUUUCUGUGUGACCGCAGGACCUACUUCACCCCAGGGAACUACAACUCAUUCUACAUCAUGAACGUGCUCUUCUUUGACUUUGGAUAUGAGCUGAGGGCCAAGGCCUGGAGUGGAAUGGGGCUGACAGGAGGCUCUGCCAGCAUUUUAACGCUACAUUCUGGGCCAAGGUGGAGGCGUACAGGCAGACAGGGAUUGGAGCAGGACGUGAUGGAGCUGAGGAGGUGGAAUGCAGAGAUGGCUGCCAUGUGCAUUGAGGGUGAGAGUCAGAGCAGUGGAGGCUGGGAUGAUUCGGGACAGCGAUCUGCUUCCCUGGCAGCCAGUUGGAGAGGACUCCAUCCUGGGUUACAACUUUAGGAAAAAUAUUGACCCCAAAUACAGGGAACUCUGUCGGAAAACGUUCACACCUGAAAAACAGUGCCUCAGAGCUAGGGGUCAUCCUGUGGCUCACACGCUUAUGGGGUUGCUUAAAGGAUACUAUAUCUUAGCUACAAAUGGACUCAUGGAACAGCUUGGAUUAAACAACUUGGCUGAGCACAUAAAGAUA